AUGCGAACACUGACUCUAUAUCAAUAUGUUAAACUAUCUAUCUAUCUAUCUAUCUAUCUAUCUAUCUAUCUAUCUAUCUAUCUAUCUGAUAUACUCUCACAUAUAGAUGAAUGUUCUUCUUCUCCUUCACUUUUUUCUCUCUUUUCCUUCUCUUUUCUUUAUUCUUCCUUUUUCUUUUUUUUAUUUCUUUUUCUUUUCAUUCUCUUUCUUCCUUUUUCUUUUUCCUUCUUUCACUUUUCUUCUCUUUUUUCGCCCUUCUCUUUUUCUUCUUUUUUACUUCUCUUUUCUUUACCUUUUUUUAUCCUUCCGUUUUCUUUUACCUUCCGUUUUCUUUUUCUGUUUUUUAUUCAUUUUUUUUUAUUCUCUUUUCUUCCUUUUUCGUUUUCUUUUCCUUCCUUCUUUUCCCUCUAUUCUCUUUUCUUUAUCCUUCCUUCUUUCUUUUUUAUUCAUUUUUCUUUUAUUCUUUUUAUUCCUUUUUCUUUUAUUUUUCUUCUACUUUUCUUCUUUUUUCUUUCUUCUUUUUUCCGUUUUUCUUUUUCUGUUUUUCUUUUUUAUUAUUCUUUUUUCUUUUAUUCAUUUUCUUUACCUUCCUUCUCUUUUACUUCUCUUUUUCUUUUUCUUCUUUUUUUCACUUCUUUUUCUUCUUUUUCUUUGUAA